CUAUCAAAUGUCAAAACAAAAGAAUGGUGUCAAUGAAACGGUCUGAAGGUAACAACACUGACAGCUAGCGCCACGUAUGGGGGAAUUCCGGUUUCAUAUUUACAGAUCUGGUGUACCAUCGUAACAAAGAUAUCUCGUUAGUUUUACGUGGGCAUGGGUAGGGAUAAGGUUUUAGGUUAACAAUAUUUUUCUCCGUAAUGCAACACACAAUGAUUCGUGAUUUUCACCUGUUUAAUCUUCGCUCGCGUAUAUGAAGAGAUAAGAGUAGGAUGUCGCGCUAGUAUUACAGAGGAACUGUAUCAAGCGUGAGCAUGAUUUUUCCAUUCGUGCUGACGAAACAAAUGGCGUAAUCACCGUUGCUCGCGUACAGUACGAAACGCACUGUUUUCUCAUUGGUUCAUACUUGAUACUAAUAAUUGUUAACAUCGAUUUCGGUGUAACUUCGCAGUUGAUAAUAUUUUUCGUCAUGGCGUGCUAUUUGGAAAUAUUCAGUGCACUUGUCACGGUGUUGUUCGUCUUCUAUUAUUACCUGACUUCGAACUUCAGCUUCUGGAAAGAUCGCGGUGUACCGGGACCGAAACCAAUACCAGGAUUCGGUAACAUUAAAGAUGUUAUGCUGAUGAGGGAAGCAUUGUUCGACUUAUUGACGAGACUUUACAAGGAGCACAGAAAUGAACCGCUGGUUGGGAUAUUUAUGAGAAGAAGGCCCGCGGUCAUUGUGAACGACCUUGAACUCGUCAAGGACGUACUCAUCAAAGACUUUCCUACGUUCGCCACACGACUAGAAGCUCGACACGAAAAGAUCGACGUAUUUUCUCCGAAUCUCUUCAAUUUGGAACCAAAAAGAUGGCGGCCAUUACGGACGAGGAUCUCGCCAGUGUUCACGUCCAGCAGGAUAAAAGAUAUGUUUCCCCUAAUACUGGAAUGCUCAGUGACGUUGGAAAAGUAUUUGGAGAACGCAACGGCGAAAGGGGAGCCGGUAGAAUGUCGCGAAAUAGCAGCGAAAUUCACGACCGAUACUAUAGGCAGCUGCGCGUUCGGAAUCAACAUGAACGCCAUCUCUGACGAGGAGAGCGAAUUUCGAAAGAUGGGAAUAGAGAUCUUCGCGACCACCCCAUGGAAACUGUUCAAGAUAUUUAUCAGGGACACUAUGCCAUGGCUGUACGAUAUACUGGGUGGAGUAAUUAAAGUGUCCACGUCCGAUAAAUUCUUCACGGAUGUGAUCGCUGACACCAUAAAAUACAGGAAAGAAAAUAAUAUUGUCAGACCGGACUUUGUAAAUUUGCUCAUGGAAUUGAAGAACGAACCGGAGAAACUGCAGGAUAUCGAACUCACGGAUACUUUGGUGGCCGCGCAAGCUUUCAUAUUUUUCGCGGCUGGUUUUGAAACGUCCUCGACAACGAUGGCCCACUGCCUUUAUGAAAUGGCCCUGAACCCUGACAUGCAAAACAAGGUACGAGAAGAAAUUAAAACGUUCACUGAGAAACAUAAUGGAAGUUACCCGUACGAGAGCGUGAACGAAAUGAAAUACUUGGACAAGGUAUUUAAAGAAACGCUGAGGAAAUAUCCGCCAGGAACGUUUGUGUUUAGAAGAAGCACCAAAGAGUAUACCUUUAAUGGUACAAAAGUAUCGAUUCCCAAGAAAACUACGGUGUUUAUUCCUGUGUAUGCGAUUCACCAUGAUCCAAAAAUCUAUCCAAAUCCAGAAAUAUUCGAUCCUGAAAGGUUUACCGAGGACGCGAUCGCUGCAAGACACUCUAUGGCAUAUUUACCCUUUGGCGAUGGACCGAGGAAUUGCAUUGGAGCUCGUUUUGCAGUUUACCAAACUAAAGCGGGACUGAUAACGAUGUUAAAAAAUUACAAAUACGAGAUUUGCGAAAAGACAAUGAAAUCGUACGUCCAUGACCCAACAGCUUUUGUGCUGGGGCCAAAAAGUGGAAUAUAUCUUAAGAUAAGUAAAGUGGAAAAUUAAAUUUUAAGCCUGACUAGAAUUGUUAAGAGCUGUAAGUAAAUAAGUAUGUAUGCAAGUGAAUAAAACAAUGUCUUCUGUAUUGUUCCAUAAUAAAGCACGAUGUAUAUACAAAGUUUUUUGUAUUUUAUUUUUCUGAAAUAACGUUUUAUGAAAAUGAUUGAUUUCAAUGUCUCAGUGAAAUCCUCGCAGCGAUAUUAGAACCGUAUUUUAAAUUUUAAUCCAUGCUCAAAAAGAGGAAAAAUACACCACCUGACCCAGACCUAACCUAACCCUCACAGCUAUAUUAGAACCGUAACCGUAACAGUUUUAAAUAAUUAUUUUCAGAACCAUUUUAAUCCAUGCUCAAAAAGGGGAUAAAUAUAUCACGGUUGUUCGCGUAAGUAUACGUCUCUGUUUCCCUGUUACGUGCCAUCAUCAGCCGCCAUUUUUUACUAUAACCUCACUUGCCCAGCACCGAGUCCCGACUGCUCGUCGAUGCCCAUGCCCAGACCUAACCUAACCCUUGCAGCUAUAUUAGAACCGUAACCGUAAUAGUUUUAAAUAAUUAUUUUCAGAACCAUUUUAAUCCAUGCUCAAAAAGAGGGUAAAUAUAUCACGGUUGUCCGUGAAAGUAUACGUCUCUGUUUCCCUGUUACGUGCCAUCAUCAGCCGCCAUUUUUUUACUAUAACCUCACUUGCCCGGCACUGAGCCACGAGUGCUCGUCGAUGCCUAUGCUCGGUAGGUAACUGACUCAACUGGUUGGUCAAUCCAGUUGGGUUGGUUGGCCAUCCUUGCGAUAGACGGAAUGGGAGAUUUCUAUGCGACUCCCAUGAUAGGGUAAUCCACGAAUUAUAUUAACGGAUUCAACCAUGAUCCUUCGUUUAACAACUGGAUUCGAACAGAUGUAUUAAACCGGAUUCAAUCAGUAAAAUGUAAUGUAGUUGACCCAUAAUA